UGUAAUUUUUGGAAUAUAUAACGUGCAAAAAUGUUUUUAAAAACAUAUUCAAUAAUUGUUCUUUUAUCUAAUAACAUUUACUCGUACCACAUUAGAAAAAUGGUCGCAAAAGCAGUUCUUUUACUCUGUGCUCAGGCACUUUUUGCCCAGUGCAUCUCCAGCCAAUGUCUCCGCGGAUACAACGGGAUAGUCGGUGAUGGUUUGGCCGGACCCUUCGCUGCACCUUGGAACGCUCCAUACAUCGCUGAGGCUCCUUUAGCUGCUAUACGGGCUCCCGGAUCAUGUGGUGCUGCUCCUUUGGCUGCAGAAUAUACUGGCUUCAGACCAUCCAAUGGAGGUGGCUUCCCAGUUACCAGUGUAUCCCCUAUGACUGUCACCGGCAUAACCAUGACAUCCGAAAACGUGUACGAAGGCCCCAUAACCGUGACUGGUGCUGUACCUUUCUUAGGAGCCGUGGCUUUGGAAGGUGGUUUACCCACUGUUGGGGCUGGUGGAGUUUCUUAUGGCUGUGGAAAUGGAAAUGUUGGUAUGGUGAGCGAAGAUAUCGCACCCUUUACUGGACCUUAUGGCGCCGGUGUAGUGGGGGGCUAUGGGUAUGGCCCCCUGGCGCCUGAAGCCGCUAUCGCCGGACGUGGUUAUGGGUACGGGUACAACAGGGGAUGCGGUGGAGCUUUGUUUUAAACAGUAUUAAUUGUAUAAAAGUUUUGUGGUGUGUACAUAGUAAAAUUUUCUAUACUUCCAAAAUAGGUAAUUUUUUGUGAUGACGAUUUAUUGUUUUUUUAUGUUCUUUGAUUUAUAAAUUGAUUGUUACUUUCAAAUAAAUACUAUUUGUCAUAAA